AUGUCUUCCGACAAGUGUAACGUUCGCCUCUCUUUGUGUUCCCCUUCUCUCUCUUCUGGGAUUUCUACGCUCGUCUUCGUUCUUGAUGUCCUCAAGAUUGUGACCUUGGUCCUCUUCUAUCUUGUUGUUAUCAUGGCUGGACUGGCCUUCGACGUCUACCGCUGUCAGUUCGACCCUUCGACGGCCCAGAGUCCUGCUCUGUCCAUAGGUUCACCCACGCUCCAGGAAGCGGAGAAAGCAGUCUGCCCCUCGAAGGCUGCUUCUUCGUCAGUCACAUGUGCUUCAUCUCCAUCAGGCCUCUCUCCGUCCUCAUCGUCCCCUGCCAUCCUGGAAUCAGAUUUGGACAGCCUUCAUCUUUUACCUGAGCCUCGGCUGCACUGGAGCAUUAGUUGUUCCGACAUUAGCCCGCAGUUGCACAACGCUCCGAUAGGCCCUGGCCACUAUGUCCACGCACUGUUCUCCGAUGCGUGGAACGAGAAUGCCGUUCUCCUGAAGCAGCUCUUACACGUGCAGGAUGCUCUCAACACUGCCAACACUGAUAUCGAUGGGCUCGUGCUGGAGAACUUAACCAUGAGCAACCAAAUGGACCGUUUUAGGCGCGAUCUAGAGAUUGAAGAAGUUCGUCGCAACGAAGCUGAAUUGACGUCCCGGGAUGCUACAGCCAAGAUGAGCUCCCAAAGGUCUAUCCUCUCCUCGUUACAAUCUGCCAAUAUUGCACUCCGCUUCGAGAUUGCAAACCUUAAGGCCGAGCGCGACGAACUCAUAGCCGAGAAGAAGUCAUCCGACUUACAGCAAGAACAUGAUGAAGAAGUCCAAGCGUUGCAAGGAACGCUCGUCCGGACGAAGAGGGAGCUCGAAAGAGCCAAGAAGGAGCUGAGGAAGUUGAAGAGAGCAGCUGCAGGAAUACCUGAAUUGAAGAUAAUAUCUCCUGAAGGGAACGUUAUACCCUAUACCUCGAGCAGUACCGAUUCCUUGAGCGAAGAUCGAAAUAUUUCGAUGAGGGAACGCCUUACGCUCGCGUACACGGAGGUUGUCAGCCUUAGGGACCAGUGCACAGCUUUGCAUCGUCAUGCAGACGAAAACGCAGAGUUACAGGAGGAUGUCAAGCAGCUUCUCGCUCAGCGCUCGGGUCUCUGGGAUCAGGUUGAAGCGGCCAACAGUGCAUGCCGCAAACUGGAGGAGGAGAACAAGAAAUACUUCCGUCAGUUUGUGGAGAUCAGAGCUGAGCUAACCAAGGUAGAGAAGAGAACUGGAAUCGCGAUUUCAGUCAUCGAAGAAGAAGAGGAAGAGCUCGAAGUGGCAGCUCAUGCUGUAUCCAAAGUUCCACCGACUGAUCAGGGUUGUCGUUCGGCAUUUGAUGACGACUCUGACGACGAGUCUAUUGCUUCCUCGGUCUCGUGUUAUUCGAUGGCAUCCACGGAUGACUUUGACAUGUCCCUGCCCUCUGAGGUUGAUACGCCUCAUACAUCAGUUCCGUCCUCCCCAUGUUCUUCACUUUCUGCGCCCCCUUCUCCCUCUUUUACGAUGCCUUCUUGGGUUCCGUGUUUUGACUCAGCAUGCACGGAUUUUGCAUUCGACGUCGUUCCGGGCUCACCCCUCGCGGAUGCGAUCUCCGUGUAUGGCAGCAUCCACCAGCCUAUUGGUGUCAGCCAUCGUCCAUUCGUCACCCGUCGUGGUCUCGGUAUUCCCAUCGUCCGUCCUUCCUGGCCUUCCGCUAGCUCCGUCUUUGCCCCUUUCGACGAAGCGUCCCCCAAGCGGAAGUUGGCUCUGGAUCUGGAUGAUGCGACACCUAGGACUCGUCGGAAGCACGAAGAAUGUUGA